UCGCUCUCUCUCUCUCUCUCUCUCUCAUGAGUUUUUUCUUGUGAUCCUCGUCCCCCUCUCUCACUCUCUCUCUCCCUCUCUCCUUCACCCACUCUCUUUCUCCCUCCCCUCUCUUUCUCUCUCUAGAUACAAGUUCCCUGAAUAAAAAUAGAGUCUUUGGCUUUUUUGCCUCCUCUGUUGAAUACAAUGAGCAACCCAGAAGAAGAGAGGGCUUCAAACAUGCAGUCUGUAUUCUCAGGUUUUGUACUCGGCCCUGAAAAAUGUAGCAGCCUAAGCUUGGGAGAAAAGAGAGAACUAGUCCGAGAGAUUGCCAAAUGGUCAAAAGAUGCCCCAGAGAUUCUAAGUUCCUUUACCCGUAGGGAACUUCUUGAAAUUAUCUGUGCCGAGAUGGGUAAAGAAAGGAAGUACAGAGGAUAUUCAAAAUAUCUAAUGAUACAGCAGCUUCUGAAGGUAAUUGAUUUGAAUUCCAAGAGCAAUACUAAUAGUAAUCCUGAAGUUGCUCCGGCCAAAAUUCAAACUGGAAAGAAAAGGAAAAGGGAAGCUUCCUUUCAACCUCUCUCUGACACAGGUCAUGUUUCUCCGGUGACGACUAAAGAAGGAAAUCCUAAAAUCCAAGUUUGUCAUAAUGUAGCAUGCAAAGCUGCCUUUGGGUUAGAGGAGUCUUUUUGCAAAAGAUGUUCUUGUUGUAUCUGUCAACUUUUCGAUGAUAACAAGGAUCCUAGUCUAUGGUUGACCUGUGGCUCUGAUUCUGCUGAUGAGAAUGGUCCAUGUGGAAUGUCAUGUCAUCUGGAAUGUGCUCUAAUGCAUGAAAAAUCUGGCUUUAUGAAGAGCGGGUGCUGUCCAGAAUUGGAUGGAAGCUUCUAUUGUGUUGCUUGCGGAAAGGUUAAUGAUAUAAUGAGAACCUGGAGAAAACAAUUGAUGAUUGCAAAGGAGGCUAGAAGAGUGGAUGUACUGUGUCUACGAAUUUCUCUAUCUUACAAAAUUCUUUUAGGAACGAAGAAAUACCAAAAUCUGCAGAACACGGUAGCAACUGCCAUGAAAAAACUGAACAAUGAAGUAGGGCCUCUGGAACAGGUCUGUGCAAAGAUGGCACGUGGAAUCGUAAACAGGCUCUCUUGUGGUGCUGAAGUUCAGAAAUUGUGCAGUUCAGCAUUGGACACGUUUGACACAAUGUUUUCUGUUCCUUGCCCUGUCCAUGCAGAAAAGGAAGAGCAAGCCACUUGCCGCAUCCAGUUUGAAGACUCAUCCCCGACUUCUGUUGUCAUUGUGCUAGAAUAUGAGGACCAACUUUUUAACAACUUCUUGGGUUGCAGGCUGUGGCAUCGUAAGUCUGAUGCAAAGGAUUACCCAGACCAACCCUCUUUCAUUGUUUUGAGGCCUGAGAAGAAAUUUAGCAUCACCGAUCUCCAUCCCUCAUCUGAAUAUUUCUGCAAGGUUUCUCUGUUUAGCAACUCAGGAAUAUUGGGUGUUUGGGAAGCUAAAUGGGUCACGCCUGCAUCCUAUGAUAGCUCUGUUGUGUCAGAGACAAAACGAAGGGAAGACAAUGUAGUAGUUGUUCAAAAUCAUUCCCAAGCUGAAUCAACCAAUUCUAGUGACAUCAAAUUAACUUCUGGAGCCCAUCCCGCAAAUCUUCAGUUAUCAGAUGGCAUUGGCAAGAACCAGAGCAAACGUCUCUACUCGCUGCUUCCUUUAACUGAAACUGUUUCUUUGAUCAAAGAUGCAGUUUCUCCAUUGACACCUUGUAAAUCUAACGGAAUGCGCAAAGUACCAGUUUUCAGAUGUGCAAAGCGAGCAGAGGAAAGUGAUUACGACUACUCUGUGAGAGCAAUCAAAUGGUUAGAGUGCGAGGGCCACGUAGAUGAAGAUUUUAGAGUAAAAUUUCUGACUUGGUUCAGUCUGAAAGCAAAUGUGCAAGAACGAAGGGUGGUUAGAGUAUUCGUGGACACCUUCAUCGAUGAUCCAUCAAGCUUGGCCGGUCAGCUCAUUCACAGCUUCGUGGAUAAGAUUUGCUGCCAGCAAAAGGAAAACCAAUUUCUCAGCAUGGGUCUUCCACAAGGUUGUGCCAUUAAAUUUUGAACAAGGGGAUCAGCUUUAUGCGAAAAUGUCUAGUAGUAGGUAGGACAUGGUUUAGAAAUGUAGGUCUUUUUUUUCCUUCUGUUUUAUGUUUUGGUUGAAGAAAUGUAGGAUGUUCAGGGAAACGGGAAACAUAGUCAUCUGCUUGAUCGAAAAGGGUUAAGCUCUUAA